UCUCACUUGAGUCUUCAACCUCCAAAUUCCCAUCAACUGGGUUUUUACUAACUCUCACUCUCCUCCUCCAAUCUUCUGUGAGUUCUACAAUUUAACCUUAAUUUCUUCCUCUGUUUCUCUCUCUCUCUCUCUGUUUUGUUGAAGAUGGUCUCUGGAGAUCAGAAGAGGUACUGUAUGUUAAUGGCAGUAGAGGAUUCUGAUUAUGUGAAGAAAGUAUAUGGUGGGUACUUUAAUGUAUUUCUUAAAGCAUUUGGAGAAGAAGGGGAAGAAUGGGACUUAUUUAGGGUUUUUGAUGGUGAGUUCCCUGACAUGGAUGAUCUUCACAAAUACCAUGGUUUUGUCAUCAGUGGUAGUCCUUGUGAUGCUUAUGGGAAUGAGUUAUGGAUCUUGAAACUUUGUUUUCUUUUGCAAACACUGGAUGCCAUGGAAAAGAAGGUUCUUGGCAUAUGCUUUGGACACCAGGUGCUGUGCAGAGCAUUGGGUGGAAGGGUUGGGAAAGCUUAUGGUGGAUGGGAUCUUGGGUUGAGGAAAAUCAGGAUUGUUGAUGACUUGCCUCUUUCUAGCUUUUUUGGUGGCCUUGAGGAAAUCCCACCUUCCCUUACCAUCUUUGAGUGUCAUCAAGAUGAGGUAUGGGAGGUACCUAUGGGGGCUGAGGUGAUUGCCUUCUCAGAGCACACUGGAGUAGAGAUGUUUGUGCUUGGAGAGCAUAUAUUAGGCAUCCAAGGUCACCCUGAAUACACCAAAGACAUCUUAUAUGAUAUUACCCAUCGGCUAGCUAAUAACAACUCAAUACAGAGAGAAUUUGCAGAGGAUGCAAAAUCAAGAUUGGAGAUUGGGGAACCAGAUAGAAAGUCUUGGGUGAAGAUUUGCAAAAACUUUCUCAAGGGGAGAUAAUUAUUCCUCCUUAAAAGCCCAUGAUACAAGGCCAAAAGACACAUUUGCUCAUGA